AUGAAUCUUGGCCAAAUCAUUCUCUCCAACAAUGAGCACUAUGGGCCAUUGCCUCUGACUAUCGGCAACUUCUCUAGUGUUCAGAAGUUGCUUCUCGACGGGAAUCAAUUCACGGGUUCAAUCCCUUCAGAUAUUGGAAAGCUACAGCAGCUUUCGAAGAUGGAUUUCAACCACAACAAGUUACCAGGGCCAAUCACACCUGAGAUCAGUCAAUGCAAGCUGCUGAUGUUCGUGGAUCUGAGUCGAAACCAACUCUCCGGUGAAAUUCCGAAUGAGAUUACAGCGAUCAGGAUCUUGAACUACCUGAAUGUAUCGAGAAACAAUCUCAUCGGUAGCCUUCCUCCAUCCAUUUCCACUAUGCAGAGCCUAACAUCUGUUGAUUUCUCUUACAACAAUCUCUCUGGUUUAGUCCCUGAUUAA